AGCUUUAGUUUUGUGUUCUUAUCAAAAUAUAUUCCUUACGGCAUUAUGCAGAUAAUUUAGUGGUGUUUUGCGGAUAAUUAACUGGAGAUAUAAUUAACAGUUGUUUAAACAUGUAAUAUUCAUAAUGGGGUGAUGUAAUAAUAUGCACGUGGUUAAACUUGUAAUUAUGAAUUUCGAGGAAAAUGUAGAAAUGACACUAAAUUAUUCUAACCAAAAGUCUGAUAAUGGUGUAGUUCGUAAGCGUCAAAUUAAAUGUGGAGUUUGUAGUGGAUGUCAGGUACUUCAAAACUGUGGGUUAUGUGUGUUUUGUAUAAAAAGAAAAACUGGAAAGCAAAUAUGCAAAGAAAGAAAAUGUCUUCAAAUAUUAAAAAUACAGUUGGAAAGAAAAAAGAAAAACUUCAAAAAGGAGUCGAAAAGAAAACAAGCCUAUAACAAUUAUCAUCAAAAUUUGGUCACACUUACUGACAAUGUAAAUGCUAAUCUUACUGAUAAAAUUACUAAACGACGUUCAUCAAAGAAAACAUCCAUAAAGUAUCAUAAUGAAGCUUUAAAAAGAACAUAUGAUAAUAUUAGUGUUUCAAAUGAAAAAACAUCCAACAAAUUAGUUCACUCAUCAAAUAGUGUAAAUGAUAUUUUAGUUUCUCAAAUUACCUUGCCUACACUUGAUGAAAACUUGAUUAAAUUUAAACUUUUAGAAAAUGAAAGUGAAGUAAACUUAUUAAAAACUACUACUCCUUCUUCUUUGGAAAGCCAUAGCAAUAUAUUAGAUGAAAAAUAUAAAAAACUGCAGAGUCCAAAACAAAAAGUUAAUAUACAGAGUCCGAAAAAAUACAAGCUGUCUAAUACACCAGAAAUUACUGAACCUCGAACUUCUAUUCUUGAAUCCGAAGAAGAUCUAAUAAAAAAAGUGCGUCCACAUAGUGCAGGACCUUUACCAAGUUUUAGUACUUUUGUGCAUGAAUUAUCGCUAAAACCUCAUAACAUCCAAUUGCUGAGUUUACCAACUUCUCCGAAAAAUAGUUUUUUUACUAACAAAUCAUUUGAUUCUAAACCAGAUAGUUUUAAACACAAAAAAAGUGUUCAGCUGAAGUAUUCUAAGAUUAAAAUAAAUUCUGAAUGUGGAUGUGCUGUUUCAGACACAAGUGAUUCAGGUCCAUUUUAUAAUCAUCUUGGUUCAGGCUACUCGUUAAAUGAACUUCGAAAUACACUUUUAGAUAGGUUUAGUAUUCAAAAUUCUGCAUUAAACUUACAAUUAGUUAAGCACACUUCUGUUGAGGGGAAAAAUGGUGAUGGAUGUCCACUAGCGAAAUGGAUAAUACGUAGAACAAGUGAUGAGGAGAAAUAUUUGGUUGUUGUACGACACCAUGAAGGUCAUACUUGCAGCAGCACAUUUACUGUUAUUGUUAUAGUUGCAUGGGAAGGUAUUUCUAAACAGUAUGCUGAUGAUAUGUAUAGAUAUCUCACCAAAACUUUGAAUGAAUCUGGGUUUCGGACUAGACGAAGAUGUAGUGCAAAUGAAAGUAAAACCUGUUUGUGUCAAGGUGAAGUUGAAGAAUCACAAGGAGCUUCAUUUUCAUUUGGUUGUUCAUGGAGUAUGUUUUUUGAUGGAUGCAAGUUUACCAAAAGUACCAAUGCGAGAAAGUUUAAAAUGCAGGACCCUGUAAAGGAAGAAGAAAUUGAAAAGGUUUUGCAAGAAAUGACAACUCAAGUUUCUCCUUUGUUAAAAAUAUGGGCUCCAAAAUGUUAUGAAAAUAUGACUCAUUUUGAAGAAAUAGCAGAUAAAUGCCGUAUUGGAUUAAAUAAAGGUCGACCAUUUUCAGGUGUGACAUGUUGUCUGGAUUUCUGUGCACAUAGUCAUCGAGAUAUUCAUGAUCUGAACAAUGGCACCACAAUGGUUUGUACCCUGUUAAAACCCAAUUAUAAUGAAAGAACUGAUGAACAACUUCAUGUGUUACCAUUGUACCAGUUGUUAGAUGACAGAGGAAAUAUUCUCCCUUGUAACUAUGACAACCCACCUCAUUUGAUCAAAAGUAAAAUUACAGCGCGUCACGAUACUUGCGGAAGAUAUGUUAAUCCAGUUGCAGUAAACCUUAAAAAAUUUGGUAAUGAACAAAAAACUUUUUUAAAAAAUGAAGGAGCAAACUUACUUUGCUCUGAUUUUCCUAAACAUCCUCGUUUUUGUAGCGAAUCAGAUGUUCCUUAUGUUCUUAGUCAAAGAGAAACAUUGCCUAUUCAAAAUAUAAAGAAAGAAAUGAUUUUUGUAGAUGAAUCUGAAAUUCCUGUUUAUCGACAAUGUAGUGAUUAUUUUAAUUUUGAAGAUUAUAAGUUAUCUACUAAGAAAAUGGAACACAAUAAUUCAAGUUCGCCGUUUAAGAAAUGUAAAGAACAUGUUUCCAAGCCUACUGUUAUAACUCAAGAAAUGGGUGGGGUUGCUAUUGCUCUAGGUCAUGGCUCAUUUCUUGUUGAAUGUGCCAAAAAAGAGCUUCAUGCUACCACAGCUUUAAGAAAUCCUGAGCGUUCUGAACCUACUCGACUUAGCAUGGUGUUUUAUCAACAUAAGAAACUUAACAAAAAAGAUCAUGGCUACGAAGAUUAUCAAGAAAAGAUAAAUGGUCGCUUAAAAGAAAGGUUAUUGAAAAAUGAACGCAGUUUUGAUGACUUAUCUUUACUAGCUGAUACAGCAGCGCUAAAUAAGUCUCCUUGUAUAGCAUUUACUAAUAUAUCUGAUAUAAAACCUUUUAUGGAAGUAGGGCAGUUUAAGAAAUCUGAUCACGAGAAAAAAAAUUUGCUCAACAGUAAAACAAAUAGCUUUAGUAUUGCUAGUCUUAUAAAUGUAAAUCCAGAUAAAAACUCUCAUAAAUCUCAACUAAAUGAAACAGUUGAAUAUAAUAAUAUCAUUAAAAAGACUACGAUCGAGGAUAUCGAUACUGUUAACAAUGUUGCUAUUGGGCAUAAAGACACUAUUAACACCAACGCUAUUGAAUAUAAUAAUAUUGUUAACAACAUUGGUAUCAAUUAUAAUAUUAGAAAGGAUGAAAUUGUUCCUUUGCUUCAGAAUAAAACAGAAAAACUUCCUACUUUUAGUAUUUUUAAAAAAAGUUUGUAUUUCUCUAAAGAUAUCGACGUUGAAGGUCAAGAUAAAUGUAAUAAUGACAAUAAAAAAGACGCUUUCUUUGAUCAGUUGCCUAUUUCGAUGCCUUUAGUUGAAGAUAAAACGUUAAAAAAAGCUUCAUCAUCAAUUUUAAAAGAAGAUUUUAAAAAUUCUGAGAACGAAUCUAAAACAGGAGAAAAUUCGAAUACAGAAAACAAAUUUGAGUUAUUGAAUACUAUAAAAAUUAAAAAUGAAAAUUUAGAUUUCUUAAAAAAGAGAUGUUCCAGUUCAAACAAUUAUUUGGUUAAAAAAUGUUUUAAAACUGACUCGGGUUUAUUGUCAACUAUUUCAUCUGAUUCAAAUUCUAAACGUGAAGUUGUUUUGCAACCAGUAGUGUUACAAAGUUUAGCUGUUGAUAACUGCUUUAUAAGCAAAGAUAAAAAAGAAAAUUUUAAUGAAAAGCUAACGGGCCACACUGUUUCUAUAUUUCAUGAUUGUAUGCAAAAUUCAUAUAAAGAAAGUGUUACAACUGAUAAGUUAUUAGUGACGAGCAAAGAUAGUAGUAAAGUCGGAGAGUGGAAUCUAAAUGAAAACAUGUUUCAGAAAGUUUCCAUUAAAAAACCUUGGGAAAAUUUUUUAACUGAAAAUGUAAUAGAUAGCAAUCGCAAUUUUUCAGAAAAAUACUGUCAUAAUGAAACACAUCCAUUUUAUAAUGACCUUUUUACAUACGGAAAAUCUAAUGAAACACGCAAAGAACAUCUUACAAAUGAAAAACUUAAUGAAACACAUAAAGAUACUCUGAUUAGCGAAAAACCUUUCACAAAGAGAAAUAAACAAUUUGAUGUUAAUAGUAUUUUAAGUAAUCAAUGCACGAAAUAUCAUGCAAUGCCAACCGAUCAUCGCUCUACUUUCACAAUGCACCAAUCUGCUACAGCACGCCAUAAUUUAUGUCAAAAUUUUGAAUCCCAUAUUCCGACUGCAAGUCCAAAUAAUAUACACGAAAGUAGUUUUUACUAUUUGCCUGGCUUUGAUGAUGGUACCCGAUUUACCUAUGCAUCUCCAGAAACGCAUGCAACUUCAAAUUUUAAUCAAGCAACCCCAAUAAUAGAACGCUCAUUCUCGACAUCUAACUCUGACUUACAUUAUAAAAAUGCGCACAGUGUAUCUAGCAAAAAGCAUAGAUGUUCCUUACCAUUAACAGAACAUUUUGAAUUCAGUUCUUUUGAACUUCAAGAUAAUUUACUUCACAAUGCAAACAAUAGUCUUGAAAUUUCGCAAUCUCGUUAUUUACCUAUCUCAGACAAUCUCACCCAAAAUCACAGUAUAUUUCAGCCCUUAGGGCCAUUUUCAGAAACAUUUCCUAAAAGUUACCCUACCUAAAAUUAAUGUGGGAAAUUGAAAUAAUUUUUUUUUUUAGUUUUGUUAACGGUUUUUUAAUUGAAAAAUGACAAAACCUUUUUAAAA